UGAUUUCCACAUCUGGCAGCACUGCUCGAUUUGCAAACAUUUGUCUUUCAACCAAUUUAAGGGAAUUCAAGGCAAUUAGAGGAUUCCUGUGAGCUCUUCGAGGCCAACUGAGGUUACUUUAAGCCAAGAUAAGCAGCGGCAAUAUGUCCCAAGGCGGCGGCACUACUCCAGCGGGCGGCAAUCCCACGGCGCUCCAGGCAACCCAAGGGGGCGUGGUCUUCAGCAAGGUCUUCAUACAAAGGGACUACAGCGAGGGCACCUCCGUGAAGUUCCACACCCGACUGCCCACAGAACUGGAGGGCAUGAUCGAAAGACACGUCUUCGAGGCCACCAUCAACAGGCUAAACGAGUUCUACGCCGAGGCGGAGGAGGGAUCCUGUGGCACCUACUGCGAAGGAUGCAUUGGCUGCAUCACCGCCUACUUGAUCUACAUGUGCUCCGAAACGCACUACGAAAAGACCCUUCGCAAGAUAUCCAAAUUUGUGGCUUCCCAAAACGAACGCAUUUACAACGCCAAGGGCCUGCAGCUGAUCGAUCCAACCUAUCGGGGCCUCCGCGUCAUAGAGAUUACAAUAUUCGAUCGUCCGGGGCGAACGUGACUUCCACUUUCCCAUUCAGCCAACGAGUUUUUCAUGUGAGAUCAACCAACAGCCACAGUCGCAUCAACAGGAGUUAGAAGGAGGAGAGUCCGUUUCAGCAAUGAUUAAGCAAAAGUCAGCGCCAUUGGGUGUGUUUCCAAAAAAUAUAUAAAAAUCAAUACAAAGCUGUGGGAUCAGCUAAAGCUUUAUAACCUAUAUACCAUAUGUCUUGGCAGAGCAGCGGCCGGAGAGUUUUUGGGGCAUGCGACUUAGUCACGGGUGUGCUGGGAGACAGCCUCCGCUGCAGCCACAUACGAUAUGCUAGAUUAGCCGUUAAUGAUUAGCCAAGGCAGUGUACGGCCAGUUAGUUAGUAUUUAUGCAUUAGCAGGCAUAGUCAUGUAAGUGAAAAGCUACCGAAAAUGCAUUUUGAGCCGAAGCAAGCAUCAACAUAUGCACACAUUCGCAUAUGUUACCAUUGUUCUACUUAUCAGCCCGAAAGGCCAGCGAGAAUUGAUUGUUUUGUAAUUGAAAGAAAUUGUAUACAUCUUGUUUGUAGUAGUUACUAACAAUUCUAUUGUCUAAAGUUUUAAUUUUAAUGGCAUAACACAUAAUACAUAAAUACAUAGUUCAAGCUUAAUCAGACAAG